UCCGGGGGGGGGGAACUUUGAGGUGAGAGGAGGGAAAAGAGGAGUGUCCCCAGCCCUAUUUCCCUCCCAAUAUGGGGGGGGGGUCCUUGCGUGGGGAUAAGGUGGUUGUGAGGAGAGGGGAGGCUGAGGCACCCGCCUCGCCUUCUCUCACCCAGAACGAAACGGGACCUUACCUUUUAAUCCUAAAUCUUAACUGCCCACCCAAACAAAGACUCUCACAGAAAGGAUUCGCCCCCAACGCUUAUCUUCUCCUAAGUUCCAGUCUUCCUUUAAAAAAAAAGCCUUCUCCCUGAAAGAGACGAAAAUGCCACCUUACUCCCCCACCCCCCGUGACACAUGCCCUCUCCUCUUUCAUCCUAAAAUGCCACACGCACACUGUCAGGAAAAAAUAAGCAUACCGAAACACUGGAGAGCAUCCUCGGCUCCCUAUUUCCUUUUUAUUUCUUCAGUCUCCCUGAAACACUUUGAGAAGAAACCCCUCUUCCCCACAUUUCCCUGCCUAUUGUGACACCUUUUCUCUCCCCAUUUCCAACGUAAUUAGUUUCCUGCCUUCUCACACCUCCUGCCAACUACAAUAUGAAAGGAGGACUAGAAAUAUAAACAAAUGCUGUAUUACAGCGCUUUCCACACUUCUCAUGUUGGUGACACACAUUUUAGACAUGCAUCAUUUUGUGACAUAGCAAUUCAGUUUUACUUGCAAACCGGAGGUUAAACUAACCCCUUUCCAGCCUUGGGAGGAGCAUGGGGAGCGUUCGCACAACACACCUACACACUGCAGCCAACACACGUAACGUGUCACAACACAAAGUUUGGAAAGCUCUGCUGUAUUAGUUAGACCAGGGUUAGGCAACCUAAGGCCCGUGGGCCACAAGCGGCCCACGGGGGUCGUUUAACUGGCCCAUGAGCCUCCCACAAAGGGAGCUGUCCACUCAGCGAGUCCCCGCGCGCUGCGCUAAACCAGCACAGCGCGAGGACUCGCUUCCGUGGUGCUGGAAAUCGCGUCUGCACAUGCUGAGACGCCGGAAAUUGUGCAGAAGCAGAUGCUGGAAAUCGAGGCCGCGCGCACUCACACGCACGUGUGAUCUGGCUCACGGAGGGAUCUCCGCUGGAGUGAACCGGCCCAGGCGAGGUAAACCUUGCUGACCCCUGAGUUAGACAAAUUGUCUGGCCUAGUUCAAGGCAAUUACCUAGCCUCAACCCAUCAGGCUUCGGGGCCAGAACACAUGACUGAGCACGUGCCCAUGUAAGUGGUCUGCACAAGGUGCUUCUUUCUGUGUGUAAAGUUACCAUGUGUGGCAGCCAAUUGGCUUUUUGAGUUGUCGUGCCCACAGUGACUGACCUGAGCAAGUGACGUACUGUUGUGCUAACUCUACAGGUGAAUGGGCCUAUCGGUGUGGUAAAUACGCUUAUGCGGUUAGCCACAUGGGGGACACUUAGGUUACUAAUUGGCAGGGUGGAUAAAAAAAUCAGUGAUUUAAAUCUCUUUUUUAUUGGAUUUUUUAAAAAAUUAAAUUGGAUUUUUAAAAUAAAAUGCUUUUGGAGGAAAAUAUUUUCUAAAGAUAGUUUUCUAUGUAAGUUACCUUAUAGUCCAAAGGCUAUUCAUCAGGAAAUAAGGAUUUGUUUUAAGUUUUUCAUGUGUGCUAAAACUCAGUCUAAGGUUGUUGUUGUUGGUUUUUUUUAAAAUUAACCACAUCAGUUAACAAACAGGGAUACAUAUAUGGUAUAAUGUUAUAGUUUUAGUUAAAUUGUAGAUGAAGCCUGGCAAAGCCAGCGGACCUGAUGCGAUACCUGCCAAAGUCUUCAGAAUGGGUGGAAUUGAACUUGCACAACAACUUCAGAAGCUCAGCGAAAAAAUCUGGGAGAGAGAAGAGAUCCCAGCGGACUUUAGGGAUGCCAAAAUCAUCAAUCUCUUUAAAAAAAGGUGACAGAACUGAUUGCGGAAACUAUCGAGGCAUCUCUCUAUUAGCUGCGGCCGGCAAAAUUCUUGCAAGGAUUUUAGCAAACUUAUCUCUUAAUCCAAAAUGGUUUUCGGCCUUCUGGCGGGGGCAAUGGACAUGAUUUUAACCACUCAACAGAAAAAUGCAGAGAGCAAAACCAACCCCUGUCUAUGGGGUUUAUUGACCUGACUAAGGCUUUUGACACUGUAAAUCGUAAUGCCCUGUGGACUGUCCUUCUGAAAAUUGGCUGCCCAAAUAAAUUUGUGAACAUCAUUCGGCUCUUCCAUGAUAAUAUGACAGCAACAAUCACAGAUAACAAUGGCUCUCAAAGUGAACCCUUCACAGUGGGAUCAGGUGUUAAACAGGGUUGUGUUAUUGCCCCAACUCUAUUCGUUAUUUUCAUUGCCAUGAUCCUACACUUAGUCGAAGGGAGACUCCCCACUGGAGUAGAAAUCAAAUAUCGAACAGAUGGAAAGCUCUUUAAUCUGAGCAGGCUGAAAGCAAAGAGUAAGAUUACUGUAACUUCCGUCAUAGAGCUUCAGUAUGCUGAUGACAAUGUAGUGUGUGCACACUCAGAGGAUGACUUCCAAACCAUCCUAAAUAUCUUCGCAGAAGCUUACGGAAAACUUGGCCUGUCUCUCAACAUCCAGGAAACCAAAGUGCAGUCAUACCUCAUGUUGCGUCUUUUUUAAUAAUAAUAAUAAUCAUUUUUAUUAAUUUUCCAAUAAAAACAGCCAAUUAACAUAUCCAUAAUCAUAAUCCAAUUAAAAGCAAUAAACUAAAAAAAACCAAAUUACAGUCCAAAUUAUUAAUUUUUCCGGGCUCCCCAUAGUCUGGACCUCUUGAAGUAUAUCUCCAAUAUCUUCGUUCCUGCCUUCUUUUUGUUGUUCUCAUAUUUUCCACUUUCCAAUCUUAACGCUUUAAAGUUCUCCAUCCCUGGCUAUGCAAUUCUCAAUCAUGUCAGAAAUCAUAUCCUUUCAUCCAUUGAAUACAGCUUUAUUUCUAAAUAUGUAUUUUUCCGUCUAUUUGCCAGCGCAGCUUUUCCUGACUUCAUUCCAAUCUUCCAAUCUGGGCUGUUGUCCAAGUUUAUCGUUUAUCGUUUAAUGAUGCAGCAACUCCCAUGUUGUCAAGUUAUUCCAAUCCGGGCUGUUAUCCAAGCCUGUCGUUUGAUUUUAAGCAUACUGUCUGCAAUACUGCAAUGUAAAUGAACUGUAUUCCACAGAUAUACUAAGUCAUUUGGCAAUCGAUCAGCUUUUGGAGACCACACAAUCCCCCCUUCUGGGCCCUAGAGGGGGGGGGCUGCUAGACAUCCAUUUAGCCUUCUCUCUUGCUCAUAAUGAAGAAAUUCUGCACUGUAUGUUUUCCCAAAUUAUUGUCUCAAGUCACUACUCAAGUCAGCCAGUAAGCAUCUCCCACUUUCCUCAAAAAAGGGAGGAACUCUCAUUUUUCUGUGCUGCGUCAUAUUAACAAGUGCCAUCUUGUUUCUUCUUUUAUCUUUAUCAAGUCUUUCAAGUCUAAGUAAAGCUGCGCAAUUGAAUACUCAAUUAUAAAUAGGAGUCCAUCUGUACCAUUUUUUUUAAAAAAGGUUUCUUAAUGAGGCUUGGCGUAGAAAAACAAUUGUAGGUAUUGAGAAAAAAAAAGAACAUACCAAUCACCUCCGUAAUCCAAACAGUCAUGAUGAGAAUCUCUUUGAAGUCCGAGCUUAAACACCAGGGACUCUGCAAUUCUGCAAGGUUUUUUUCUCAGUCUUCUUCGGUUCAGACUAUGUCUGUUUAUUGUCCAAAUCUAAUGAUUUUAUCAAACAGAUAUUUCCGGCUAUGAGAGCGGCUUUGGAGAGUGCCAGCCGUGUCGUGCUCUGGGACCCAGUGUCUUGCCACUUGCACCCUGAUGCAAGCUGACAAUCUCGGACAAUCUGCGAAACAGUCCUCACCCACCCUGGGGAGUCUGCCAGGGCUAAUUACCCCCAUAUCAGCCCUGAAUUACUGGCACGGCUGAGGUCCGAUCGUAUCGGAGUCAGCCAUUUCUCACCACCUGAAACAGGAAGCCCCCAGGUUACGUCUUUUCAGGUUGCAUCCCGUGCUGAACCCAGAAGUAUCGGAACUGUGGUUGUGAAUGCUGCGGGUUGCGAACGUGGAAAGCGUAAUGCUGAUGGUCAACAAAAGAGGCUUAAAGACUGUCUCAAGAAUUUUUUUUAAAAAAUGUAGUAUAAACACCAACAAUUGGAAAACACUUUUCUGCGAGCUCUCCAAUUGGAGAAAAGACUUUACCAAAGGUAUCAUGGGCUUUGAAGACACUCGGACUCGGGACAAAAGGGAGAAACAUGCUAAGAGGAAGACAUGCUUGGCAAAUCUACACCGUGAUCAACUCCUGCCCGGAAACCAAUGUCCCCACUGGAAUUGGCCUCCACAGUCACUUACGGACUCAUUGUUAAAACCAUGUUUAUGGAGGACAAUCUUACUCGGCUAUGAGUGAUUGCCCAAGAAGAAGAUUUGUGAUGAAGCUUGGAUACCUCAGAAACGCUCUGUUAGUUGCUUGCUUGGCGCUUUGAGAGCAAUCCUUCACCUCUGUUAUGAGCUAGAUUCCAUGUUGAUGGCGCUCCAAGCCUCCUUUCCAGAUAGUCAUCUCUUGCUUUGGAUACCCUUCUGAAGCACUAGGAGACAGCACCUGAGUCAAGAAUGAAGUGUCUGUUACAUUGUAGAAAUUUAAAUGUCCUAUGGAAUGUGUUCCUAGAAUGUAACAAUCUUUGUGUACUUAAAUGUGUGUGUGUGUGUGUGUGUGAGAGAGAGAGAGAGAGAGAGAAUAUUGGUAGCCCCAGUUUUCUUUUUUUAGAGAUCAGUGAUGAGGGGCAGAAAAUUUUCCAGCGUUUGUUGUUGUUGUUGUAGAAAAUUUUCCAUUAGUAUAUAUUAGUAACAAUGAAUGGAUGACAGUUGCAAAUACCAUACAAUUAAAGUCCAAUUUUAAAGUUUUUAGUUUGUUUAUUAAAUGCAAAUAAACAUUCUGAAUUAGAUCACUUUUGAAAGCAUCAGGAAAUUCUCUGAUGCAAAUUAACCUAACUCGUUUUCUCUCUCCAGAAAAUCUACAAAUGGGACUUGGUAGCUAUUCUACUGUAGCUCUGGCCAACCUUUGCUCAGCGUUGACCUGCCUGGGUGUUGCUUCUUCAAAGACAGAGAGUUGUAUCCCUGAGCAAAGCAAUGAAGUGAUUAUAGUCUAUUUCUAAAUGUAGGUCAUGACUGCUGUCUGGAGCGACAUGUAGUGGGCAGUCAAUGAGACGACCUCAGGUUCCUUUCUGAGCUGUAUUCUGGAGAUCCUCAUGUAUAACCAGGAAGCUAGUGAGUGACUUAAACUCACAUGUUAUUUUUGCUUGAAAAAUUGCGUAUACAGAAAGAAGUUAAGUGUCCCACAAAGGCAUCAAUGCAUGGUCCCUUGGUGGGAAAAUCCUAAAUGGAAAAGUAACAUUUUAUAUUGGCACAUAACAACAUGUUCUGUGCAGAAUUGUUGGCUGAAAAAAGUUGACACCGGUUCCUAGCUAGCAGUCAUUGUUCAACCCCUUUUCUUUUGGUCUCUUGUUCUUUGGGAACAAGUGUUCCUUUAUCAGUGUCUCUGGCCCUCCAGAGAGAAUGAUACCCAACAGCUUGCAUCCCUUUCUGUAAGCAAUCCAAUGUGCUCUGGUUUCAAGAAAGCAAGAAACAGCUGUACUCCGUCACACUUUCCUAAUUUCUCUGUGCCCAAGCACAAAUGAGGGAAAUUCUUUCCCUUCUUUAAGCCCUCUGCAUGUGCCAGAGGAUUUGGGGUAGGAAUGAGGCAGGCUAGUAAACCAAGCUAAUAUCUGUAGGCCCCUGGUGAACAAUUCCUCUUGCCAGGGAGAUCAGUUGGAUCUUCUCUCUUGUGAGGUUGGAUUGAUGUUGGCUAAAUAUUCCCACAGAAAGUUCUGCACAACUGAUGUUCCUAAAGUUGACUAUACAGUAGUAUACAAACAUUUUGUGUAUCUUGAGAGUAUGUGAGGUUUAGUGAUUUCAGGUUUUUUGGGGGGUGAUAGUUUUUAUUGUAGUUUAUGGUUUUGUCGCCUUUUUUAAUUGGAAAAAGUUAAGUAUUCAGUGUUUACAAGAGGGGCUGUGUAGAAAUAUAACCUGUGGAAAGUAAAAAUACUUGAGUAGGAGGUUUUAAAGUGUGGUGUGGUGGUUAAGAGCGGUAGACUCGUAAUCUGGGGAACCGGGUUCGCGUCUCCGCUCCUCCAUAUGCAGCUGCUGGGUGACCUUGGGCUAGUCACACUUCUUUGAAGUCUCUCAACCCCACUCACCUCACAGAGUGUUUGUUGUGGGGGAGGAAGGGAAAGGAGAAUGUUAGCUGCUUUGAGACUCCUUAGGGUACUGAUAAAGCGGGAUAUCAAAUCCAAACUCUUCUUCUUCUUCUUCUUCUUCUUCUUAAAGCUGAUUUUUGGGGUGAGGAAGUGACAGAGAUAUGAGGUUGGAUUUAAUAGAUUGGAGAUAGAAUUCCUGGCAUGGUAGAUUUAAUCAAGUCUCUUAUGAGUUUCCACUUAAAUAGGGUUGCAUUAAUAAGUGUCACAUGCAGACUUUUCUAUAAAAAAUAAAUAAAUAAAUACAAUGAUUGCAGUAAGACCAGUCCAUUAAAAGCAUGUUUUUGUUAAUCAGUUUGUUGAAUAAAGAUUAGCCCAAUGCAAUCUAAUUUUGUGGUUUAUUACAAAUGUAAAUAAAGUCUUGCUGAGCUUGUAGUUCAGUUAUAAUGAUUACAGUACAUAGCAAAAAAGUGGUUACUGAGAUUAAUGUUAGAUUAAUGUCAUGAGCAUAUUGGAGAAAUAAUAAUGUGUAUUUAAAUAAACCGGUGGGCAAAUCUGCAUGCACAUGCAUAGGGAAACAAAAGAUUUCAAAGAAUGCAGAUGUGGUUUAGGGUCAAAAAAUGCUUCUACAUAAUUCAUUACCUUCUUUAAUCUGCAUUUUGGUAACUAGGAGUGGGGAUUACGCACUGACUCCAACUUUCCUGUUUGUGUGCACAGCUUUGACUCUGUACCCCUCUUGCAGGUAGCCAGGCUGAGUACAGCAUGGUUCUGGAAGGAAGAUGGGUUCUACUCGUGUGACUGCCAAGGAGCUAUGUGAAAAUGAUGAUCUUGCUACAACACUAAUUCUCGACUCCUACCUCGGCUUUAAGACCCAUAAGAUGAACGUAAGCCCACUCCCAGCCAUCAGAAGAAGGCACCAUUUGCGGGAAGCAGUGGAAGCUUUCCGGAAGCGCAAGGACCUAGACACGGCAUAUCAGGCCUUGAUGCAAGGUGGUUGGGCCUGCCAGUACUUCGCGAAGCGGAGCCGUCAGCAGGAGGCUGCCUUCAAGACUCAUAUAUUUCGUUACCUUCGCAUCUUCCUUCCUGAGAGUGGUUUUGCCAUCAAGCGCUGUACCCGGUAUUCCCUGGAAAUAAAUGGUGCCCGUGUGGUCGCUACGAAAUCAUGGAAAAAGAAUGACAAACUGGAGCUUCUGGAGGGUUAUAUUACAGAGCUGACGGAGCCAGAUGAGAGUCUCCUGCGGACUGGUGAAAAUGACUUCAGCAUCAUGUAUUCCACACGCAAACAGUGUGCCCAGCUAUGGCUGGGGCCUGCAGCCUUCAUUAAUCAUGACUGCAGGCCCAAUUGUAAGUUUGUCCCAAUGGAUGGGAACACUGCCUGCGUCAAGGUGCUGCGGGACAUUGAACCAGAUGAUGAGAUCACAUGCUUCUAUGGCGACGGCUUCUUUGGAGAGGACAAUGAAUUGUGCGAAUGCUACACUUGUGAAAGGAAGGGAGAAGGAGCCUACCGCCUCCUGAAUCAAACACCUCCACAAUCUACCUCAAUCAAUGAUACAUAUCUAUUCAGAGAGACAUAUGGCCGUCUGCAGCGGUGGAAACGUCCGUCAUACAAGCUGGCCCGACUCAGUGUGAAAGGGGGAUGCAAGGCCCGGCGCAGGAAAGCAAAAAUAAAUGCUGCUCUCCGCAGAUCUGCCUUUCGUUGGUACCUGAGGAUACUAAAGCCUUUAUGUAUCCCCCUGCAUGACUGCUUGGGCUGCACAGCACGUAGCUGCAAGCUCAGUAAGCAGCCACUGGUGCAUCUGCAAUGCUGCCCUCCUUCCAUGUUCCCUGCAUCACAUCUCCGCCGCUCUUCGCGCAGGAAGAUCAGCCACUUUGAGACCCAGCAAACCUCCUUCUACACAAGGACAUACAAUAGACCUGAGAGCCCGAGCUUGCACAGAGAAGCGGUGCAUGGGAUUGGUGAGAGAGAACCACAUAGCAGCAAUGGGGAGCUUAGCCAGGGGGCUGAGGAGCAUCACACAGGAGAUGUGAAGAACCCCGCUGAGAUCACGGGGUCUCAUGGAUCAGGAUCUGGGGGACUAUACUCAGGGGACCAAGAGAUCCUUGGCUCUUCACGCUCUUCCUCCUCCAGCCAGGUCCUAUGCAGAACAAGGAGCAUGACCCGACGCCAAACUUGGGUUUUGCCCAAACCCCAAGUCUCAUUAUCAGCAAUAGACCCCAAACUUUCCCAGUAUGCUCAUGUCCGUUUGGAGAGCCCCCUCUUUAGAGGCAGGCAGUGCUGGCAGCAGCACCCUCCAGACAAGGGGAAGGAGGAGCCGACAGAGGAGCAGCAUCCUCCAAAGCAAAUUGUUUCCUUUCCCCCUUUUGUGCCACCCAAGCGGUUUCGACUGGUCGUAAGCCACGGCUCCAUCAACCUUGAAGUGGCCUCCAGCUCCUGUGAGGAGUUAUCUUGAUCUGGCUGGUCUCCAGGUCCUGCAAAGAGACCCUCAGGUGCUUGUGGAAGCUUGAUCCUUGAUAAGCCAGGGCAAAACCCACCAACCAGAAUUUGCCUGAAAUCAUCUGUUGACUUUUUGGUCUUUGUCCCAAUCACCUUGUAUGGGGUGAGAAACCAUCGCUUUUGUUCUGUUGAGAUGCUCACAAAGGGCUGGAGGAUAUAUCUGUGCUAACACCACCACCCUGUGUUCCAUUUCCUCUUGUUCUAAAGCAGAUUUACUUUCCGUUUUUCCUCCUUCCAGGGUGCUCCCUCCAUCACACUUGUACUCUUCUUUUCCUUUUUAGAAGCACCCUCCACAACCAGGCCAAACCUUGAUCCAUUACCCCUGAAACUUAAGCCAUAUAGCAGGCUGCAUGGAUGUCUGGGAUUGACUCUCCCUGUCAUCUUACCAUUGAACUCCGCUUGCUUUCUCCCAGGCUCCUUUCACCUUUUGACUCCAGGUAUCCCAAUGCUCUAGUUUGUAGCAGUUCAGCCAUGGAACUACAGACACACAUGGUGCUUUCGCUGUUUGUUGCCCCUAAGGAGGUUGUGAGGCUGGUGAGAAUGAAAUGACUGGCAGGUAAAGAAAGCCUACCUCUAAUCAGGGAAGCCUCUUUAAUUCUUUGUAAGAAAACCAGCAACCAGAAGUGCACAUGCGCAUGCAACCCAUGCCUAUUCAGCCCAUUUAGCCUGAUGACUGCUGUUUGCUUCAACAAGUUUAUCUAGGGAAUUACUCUUUCUUCUCUCCUCUUUCUCACUUUCUAUCCCUUCCCCCGAACUGCUUUUUAGGUGCCUACUGUUACAAGACAUCCAAUUUUCUAGUUUUUAAGCUACCGUACUUUUGUAUUAGUCAGGUCUGUCUUGUCUCUUCUCCCUGCUGGGGCUUUUCAAUGAAUGUGUACUGGGGCUUUUUACACUGUUACUGACCUUUAAGGUGUUCGUGUUUUUAUACUUAGAUAUGGCUGAGGUUAAAUGGUUUUUUUAAAUUUUAGAAUACCAGUGAGUUUGAUAAUUUUAUGCAAAUAUUCCACACUGUAGUCACGUGGCAGAGAAUGAAAUAAUUGAACUUUCCUAGCUCUGAUCAGAGGAUUCCUUGGCUCAGGGGCAUUGUGAUAAAGGACCUUCCUUCUGUGUGGUGUUGGCUUAGACUGGAUAAAUAGUUCUUACUCAUCUAGUAGUGGUUGGGUUCAGUUCAAAUGUCAUUGCAAUACAGUAAAUAGAUCGUCUGUAUUUUUGACCUGUGGUCCUGUCUGGCAGUUGGGAUUUCCAGCCUCUUUCUGAGCUGUGUUCAGUGGAGUACUUAGAAAUCUAGUUGAAGAUUAGCUGAAGAUGAGAAGCCAACAGGUGGGCUGUAUUGUAGCCAGCCUUCUUUGGAGAAUGCUUGCUUCAUUUUGCAGCCGUUUUCAUGGUGAGCUUUGUGGUGUUGACUUUGGAAAAUCCAUAGCCAGGAAUCAGCAGGACCUGCUUUAACUUUAACUUUCUCUUUUCUCCCUUCUUUGUUAGUUUUGUUUCCAACUUGGUGCAUUUCAGUCUUAAUGCCUUCUCCAUAUAGCUUCUGAAAGAGACAGGUGUGCAUCUGUGAGUCACUGCUGUUUAAGGCUGCAAUUCUAUGCACACUUGCAAGUAUCCUUUUAAUUUGGUGAGACUUCCUUCUAACUGUGGAUAGGAUCUGUCCUCUGGAUGAGUUUUUGAACUCUGAAACAGAGAAAUCUGUUUUUAGAGCUGCUUCUAGAGUUUUGCUUGGUAUCCGUGUUGGAUAUGUAUUCUGAGUUAGAUUUAUAUUAUAAUCCAGACCUUCUGUUUUUAAUAGUUCUGCCAAGUACCAGUGCUGAUUCCUAGAAAUUUUUUUUAAAGUGGUAUUUAGGCAUUAAUAGGUGAGAGUUUCAAAAGCACAACUGCAGCUAGAAGGAGCUGUAGCUGCAGCUGCUCAUUCUAUCACAAUAAGGAAAUUGUAUUUAUAGUGCAGGGAUAAAAUUUUGAACUCGUGAGUGUGAGUGAGGACUUAGCUGUGGAGAAGGGCAUUUUCCUUCACAAUGAAAAGGCUGAAAAUCCACAGACCUCCAGUCAUGAGCAUUUCAUUAAUGGAUCUGAGAGGGAGUCCAUUAUCUGUGUUGUAGAGAAUGUUGGUAGUUUCCUUCAACUGCAUAUUCAUGUGAAGGCACUAUAAUUUUGUUAAAUAAAUAAAAACAUAAGAGAAACUUGCACAACUAGGUAACAUAAACAACACUCUCUUUCAUAUACCCUGUUUCUGCUGGCAAUUUGAGCUGUUUCCACCAUCAUUCAAAUUAAUCUGCAAAGUUGCCUUUGUGCACAUUCUCUAUUCCACUCAACUUGAACUUCACAUAUGUAUAUACAAAGUACAGCUGAAAAAUGUUGGUCUGUCAAAGCACUGAUAGUGUGUUGCUCAUUAAAACAGUUGAUAUACAGCUGAAAUUGCACAUCUUUUCCUGCUUUCUCCAGUUCACUUUAUAUAUGUUAAUACAUAUUUCAGACAUCCCCCCCAAUAACUUAUCUAGUUGUUUAAUACCAGUUUUGUUUGUUGUGGACAAACAAUUCCAGUAACUACCUGACUUCUCAGUAGUCACACCCACCCUGUAGAACGCCCUCCUGUCACAUGUCAAGGAAAUAAACAACUAUCUGACUUUUAGGAGACACCUGAAGGCAACUCAGUCAGAUGGGCAGCUAAUAAAUUAUUAUUAUUAUUAUCAUUAUCAUCAUCAUCAUUAUCCUUAUCCUUAAUUGUUUAGGUACCAUGACUUGUGCAAGUUAUUUGGUUUAUGGUGCUCAUUUUGUGCUGAUUCUGUGCCAAUAGUCUUGACUCAAAUUUUCACGUUAAUAUGAGAUAGUAAUCCUCUUGUUUGGAGAAAGAGUAUGCUUCAUCAGAACAAACUACCAAACAUUUACAGUAAUAAUAUUGAUGAAUAUUAUGAGGUGUGCAUUUUCACUUGUAUAUCACUGUUUGUGCUAAAAGGUGAUUUUUCUUCCUUCCCCCUGCAGCUGAUUUUGGGCCCUUGCUGCUGGGAGCGCCCAUGCUUUCUUCCCUGUCUGCUACUCUUGUCAGUUUGUGUUGUUCCAUGUUUGUUAAUAGUAGUGGAUUAGUGCACAGCCUUUAGGUAGUACUGCUGGGGUGGGGUGGGAUGGGAUGGGGAAAGAGAACGCAAGGGAUGAGAUGAUUAAGGUCUUUGUUAGUUAGGGAAAGGUUUGGGGUGGGAAGGGUGGAUGUUGCUAGCCAGGAUAUUGAAUGCUCCUGUUGAAGGACAGGCUGGGGCUCAGUUUCUACCUGUUGGUGCCUCGUGUUUAACCAUCUUUUAGGUGGAUUUACUCUUUAAGCUACCUCGCUUUGAGAGGGGGAGCAUCAAGUCAUCCCUUUAGACGCUGUCUCUGACCUUCUUUGCUUUCAGCCCUGUGUCUGUUGAGUCCUGUUGGUCUUUCUCCAUGGCUUUCCCAUGGGUGGAGGGUUGCUUGCCUUUAAACCUCAGAGUGGUGAACCCAGCAGCGGCGUAGGAAGCUGCUUGAACCCCCAGAGUGGCAACCUGCUAUGGAGCGCGCAUGCGCAGCGUCACUCUGUAGUGACGCUGUGCAUGCACGCUACGGAGCAGGUUGCUGGCAAGCCGCAAGCAAGCCGCGGAGCGAGGUUUUAUACCGGGUGGCGGGGCUCAGUUUGGGAGUCGCGGGGUGUGUGUUCCGAGUGUCACCCCCCCUCCAGGGUGGCACCCGGGGCGGCCCGCCCCCUACGCCCCCCUUACUACAGCCCUGGAAUUCAGUUUUAUUUGACUUGCAUCCCAUCUUAAACAACUUCUCUGUCUCAUUCCCAUAAAAAACUUUGUCAUAGCCAGCCCUUGUCAUUCUGCCUCUGCAUACUCCACUCUCCAUCCCCCCCCCCCUCCCGACACACCCUUGUAUGUUAGCAUUGCUUCUUCCAUCCUCUGUAAGGUUUAUAAAGCAUGCUUUUGGCCUGGAGCCAAUCUGUCAUCUUUUCAGAAGAAGACCCCACCUCCCCUAAAAUUGUGCUCAGGGAGGUGUCAAGGCACCUUGACCCUUGCCAGGGGUGGAGGAUGAAUAAACUGUGUGAACUGCCCUGAAAUCUUUUGACGAAGGGCGGGAUAUAAAUUUAAUAAAUAAACAAGCUAGGCACUGGGAAAGGGUCUCUGGAUGGCCGGGUUCCUCAGGGAGUAGUGGGGUGGAGGGCUUAAGAAUAUCACCAUCUGUUCCAAUAUUUGCAGUUUUGAACUGCAGUGUGUCAUUUAUAGAACUUGCCUCUUGUCCAAGUUAGCUGCUAACUCCAGCUCAAAAUCUCCUUUAUAAGGGAAUGGAUUGCUCAUGCCAUAGUAUACAGCAACUAAAGUGAAGGGUAUGUCGCUGCUCUUCCUGCCUCCUCCUAAUUUCCCCAAUGCUUUUUAGGGCUUUUCAAGCACGUGUUUGUUCACUUUAGGAUUAGGGGUUUUUUAUAAUGAAUUUGGGCAAGUCUGGUGUUUUUUUCCUGCAGGAAAGAAGAUGCUGGAGUGUAUUCAACAGGGCUAGGUGUACUCUGCAAUAAAACAAAUAUCUAGGCCAACGUAAACCAAACUCUGAACCUGUAUAAAUUGCGAAGAUCCAGUUUUCCUACUGUUAUUUUGUUUCUGUUUUGUUGGUCUGGACUGUGUACAGUCACUGGAAAUUUUGAAUAUGCUCCCUCCCACCCACUCCAUCUUUCUGGCUUUUGAUACUUCACAUACUGUACUUUCAAACCUGUCAUCACAGCCUUAAGGGCUAGAAACUUGCAUGGAAGAGUUCAGCUUGGCUUGCACCCAGUCUCAGAUUUGGCAUGUGCAGGAUGAUGUUGGAACAUGUACUGUACAGUCCUGGCUUAGGAAUCGGGAGUGGGUGGGGGGGGGAGGAAGGGGGCCUUUUUAAUAGUGCUAUAUUGGAGAGGGUGGCUGGAGGGUGCUCUUGACUCCAGGAGUGGGAAGCUUGAGGCCUCAGGGUAGUUCCUAUCCCCGUGAUCAGGCCGGUAUCCUGUAGGGGCGUGAAGGCAGAAACUUGUGGUUUUGUAUUUUUCAUGGUGUGUGUGUAUGUGUGUAUUAGGGGAGCGUAAUACUUUUUAAAAUACUUGAUUGGAAUAAAGUCUUUUAAAGCUAUUCCUCUGUCUUGGUGAUGUGGCACUUAUUGCAUGAGCAGGGGAAUUGCAAGAUGAGAUUGUAGUUGCAUUUGCUGUUAACAGUUGUUUGCAGAGUAUUGGAUCAUUUCAGAAAGCAUGGCUCCUUUGUCUUAAGCCUGGCAUUCUCAGAGGAUAAAAAUAAUAAUAAUGCUUUUCUUAAAAAAUGGACUGGUUGAUCAAUAGAAGAUCAAUGAAUGCUUUAAAAAAACAAGAAAAUGGACCAGUAAACUGAGUUUGAAUUAUAGCUGCCAAGUCUCCCGUUUUUCACCGUAAACCCCCGGAAUAUUCUAUUUUAACAUUCUAUUCGGAAUGUUAUCUCUAAUAGAAAAAAAUCCCAGAAAUCCCCCGGAUUUCCUACCUGCCAGGGAGGCUCCAUUUCGGGUGCCGCUCUGCCCAUGCCUGGGCACCGGAAAUCGGGCAGUGCAGCACCGA